GAAAUCAAGUCGUGUGAUUCCGAGACGCAGGGAGCGGGAGCGGGGCGGGGGAUGGAGCGAGCCUAGCUUGUUUCUCGUUGCUCAACACAAAAAGUUCAGCUCGGAUGUGCCCCUGCUUCCCAGGGCCUGGCCACAUCCCCGGCCAACCCAUUGGGACUUUACAAGCGCUGAACCCCUCGCCCCCCGUCAGGACCCCCCCCCACUGGAGGUCCCUGAGGGGGCCCUCGUUUCAUCCCGGGCUCCGGCCUUUUGAGAAGGGAGGUGAGAGGCCUGGGUGGUGCUGCGGGAGCUGGGUGGGGGUCUGCUGAACAGAGCAAUGUUGAGAACCGAAACGGCCCAACUCGCUAACCUGAAGAGGCGCCAGCUAUUCGGCUGCUACUCGUCCCCUUGCACUUCUCCAUUUCCUGAGAGCUUGCGUUAGACCGUCUGCUGCAGGCACUAAGUAUGACCUUCGAGCCCUGAUCAGAGUAAUGGUGAAGGGCAGCGUGACGUUAUUUCAUUUCACAGCACUUGGGCAUUCCACAGGUUUCUCUUAUCCUUCUCAGGGGAUUUCCUAGUGUAGAGAAUGGUUUUCCGACUCCAAAAAAAUGAGCGCGGAGCGGGGGCCACGUUGAGAGAGGCAAAAGGCAUUAUGGGGGCGUUAUGUAAAAGCAGAACCCCAAACGACCGUUCCUCCUUGAUCCUCGCGCUCUUUACGCACGCGGCACUUAGCGCUUAUGCUAUUGGAAAGCUUCCAGGGCGGGAAACUGACCCGUCGCUCUGAGCACGCCUGCGCCCUUCAGUAACUUUUUUUUUUCAAGUCACGCAUGCGUAUUGACGUCGUGUACUUAUUGUAUCGAUUAGAGUAGCGCCAUCUUGCCGUACGGAAGCUGCAGAGCCCAGCCGGACGGAGUCGCGCACCGAAAUCAAAAUCCACUUCCUGCUUCCGGAGAAGUGUCAAGUCUGCUUUUGUGGGGAAAGGAUGCUGUGAAAGAGCUGGGAGGACGACUUAAAGAGCCGGGCCGAUUGUUUUUCUUAACUGCCAUGUCCAAGCCCUCCCUCAUCACCUUCACCCCGGCCUCCGAUACCAGCGACCUGUGGAAAGAUGGAAAACAGCAGCCACAGCCUGAAGAGCUGGAGCCAACUCUGGAUGGCUCUGCGGUCCGCGCUUUCUAUGAGGCCUUGAUAGGGGGUGAAAGCAGCUCCUCUGAGCCCCAGAGAUCUCAACAUGAGCCUGCCAGGGAGAGAAAGAGGAAGAGAAGAAGGACAACGAGGGAGGCUACAACAGAAACAGCAGCAGUGGCAGCAUCAGGGGGACCUGAACAAUGGCAGUCCCUUGAGGCUGAAGAAAAAAUGACCCAGUGGAUACUAAGGGCAGCCCAGGAGGGAAACUUGGCAGAACUUAAAAGGCUGUUGGAGCCCCGCGAAGCCGGGGGAGCCGGGGGGAAUAUCAACGCCCGGGAUGCCUUCUGGUGGACCCCUCUGAUGUGUGCUGCCCGAGCAGGCCAGGGGGCAGCCGUGCGCUACCUCCUGGGCCGCGGGGCUGCCUGGGUGGGGGUCUGUGAGCUGGGAGGCAGAGAUGCUGCUCAGCUAGCUGAAGACGCAGGCUUCCCGGAGGUGGCCCGCAUGGUCAGAGAGAGCCGAGGAGAGACGAGGAGCCCAGAGAACCGGUUGCCCACCCCCGCCCCCCAGUACUGUGAGACCUGUGAUGCCCACUUCCAGGACUCCAACCAUCGCACAUCCACCGCUCACCUGCUGUCGCUAUCCCGGAGUUCCCAGCCCCCAAAUCUGCCCUUGGGAGUGCCCACGUCCAGCCCAGGCUUCAGGCUGCUACUGCAGGGGGGCUGGGAGCCUGGAAUGGGGCUGGGACCCCGGGGUGAUGGCCGUGCCAACCCCAUCCCCACUGUCCUCAAGAGGGACCAGGAAGGAUUAGGCUACAGAUCAUCGCUCCAGCCUCGAGUCACACACUUCCCAGCUUGGGAUACCCGUGCUGUGGCCGGGAGGGAGAGAGCCCCUCGGGUGGCCACCCUGAGUCGCAGGGAGGAAAGGAGGAAGGAGGAGAAAGGUAGGGCCUGGGAGCGGAAUUUAAGGACAUACAUGAACCUCGAGUUUUGACUUCAGCGGUACCUGAUACUGAUCUCCUGUUGAAAUCUGAAUUUGGACCUCUGACGUUGGCACUUUGAUUUCUGCUUCCGGAAGUCGGCCUAGCUCCCAAGCCCUCAGGUCUUGGUGAGUGGACUCACCAAGAGGAGCUGAGAGUUGAGAAAUAAAAUCAACGUUUUCUCGUG